AUGUCAUUUUUAACAAAUAGUAGCUUCCCUCCAACCUUUUUACCCUCCAAUUUAUCAGCCUGCAACGAUAUUUGGUUCAAAACUGAAACUAAUCCCAUUAAUUUAUCAGGAAAACAAACUCUUAUCGAUAUUAAAAAUAAAUCUUCCAUCGAUUUCCCCACAAAUUUGACAACAGCCGAUUUUAUUGCAUCAGUUCUUUCUGAGCUCUUUUCCUACAAAUCCUCCGAGCUCAUUCGUGCAUACUCUGAAAUCAACGAAAUCUUCAACAAUAUCUCUUUAAUUUUCCAAGAAAUCAACAACCAAAUCAAAAUUUGUCAAAUUUUAAUAAAUGAAAUUAAUUCAUAUGGAAAUUCAAAGAGUUUUUUGCAUUCAAUUAUGGAAAAAAGUAAAGAAGAAGCUAUUUUUUGGAUAAGUAAAAACUAUUUAAAUCAAGCUUAUGAAAUUUUACCUUUAAAAUCCAAAGAAAAAUUAAAUAAAAAAUACAAAGCGCUGUAUCCACAAUUUGAAGAAGAUCAAUAUAAGAUAUUGCAACAUAAAGCAAAUGAGAUAAUUAGCUAUAAAAAUCAGAUAGAAAAUAUAGGAAAAUGCUCAAACUCUAUGUCUAUAUCAGAAGAUGAGCCAAUACUAAUAGAAGAAUUAGAAAACUUAAAGAGAAAUUUAAAAAAUGAGUUUGAAUUAUUUUCGAACCUAUAUGAAAAGGAUGGAAAAUACCAGUUUCUUUAUAACUCAAAUCCUUCUAUAAAUAAGCACUAUUAUCUUUAUAAAGCAUCAUAUCAAAAUUUUGUGAAGGCUUAUGAAAACUCUAUACAUAGCAUUAUCCAAAAUAAACAAGAAUAUUCAUUUUAUAACUCUCCUUAUCUUUACAGCAUUAAUAGAAGCGAAAAUAAGCCAUCACUGCUAAUUUUUAAUACAGAAACCAAGGAGCAAGAAAUCGUAUCAAUUGAAACUUCUGAGACUUUAAGCUGAUGCACCUGCAUAGCGCCGCUCCCAAAUAAUGAACUAUUUUGCUUUGGGAGCGCUACUUAUUCAAGCAAUUCAUAUAUAAUCAGCACCAUUGAUUUUUCUUCAAAAAAAAUUCCUUUAUCAACGCCCUGCUACUCAGCAUCACCAAUUUAUUAUAAAAACAGCAUUUAUAUUUUUGGAGGUUUUAACGACUAUAUUAUGCCUUUAGCAGAAAAAUACGAUUUAAUUGAUAAAAAAUGAAAAAAAUUAAUUCCAUUGCCAAGUGCUUCAGAUUGCUGCUCAUGUGUGCUAUUUAAAGAAAAUAUUUUAAUCAGUGGAAGAUUUCAUAGGAAAAUUUAUGCAUAUAAUACUGAUUUAGAAAGCUAUUCAGAACUGCCUAUCGAUUUAGGGAGAGUUUUACAUAAAAUGUUGGUUACUUGGAAUAUGACAGUUUAUGCAUUUGUUGAUAAUGGAGUUGCGUUGGAAAGCGAAAUUGGAAAUGAAUUUAAAUGGAAUAAAAUAGGGAUACUGCUAUGGCCUUGCUUAUAUAAGGCUUAUAGAGUUUAUGGGAAGAAUUCUUGCUUUUUUAUUGAAGCUAAUAAAAAAGAAAAUCAUUAUUAUUUUUAUUUGGACUUGAAAAAGAGAACUAAUUUAUUGAUUGCUAAAAAUUAG